AUGUCUUGGCUGCGCAAGGGCGGGUUCACAAGAAGUAGUCCUGGAUACUUCAUCAAAGUAUGGGGUGAACCUAAGUGGAUCCGGUAUCUAGGACAAGGGGGGUUACCUCAGCAGUCCAACCUUCCCAGGUUGGAAAAUACCUUGGCGCUAGCCCAGGCGUUGAUCCGCCGGUUGGUCACGCGCAAUUCCGCGUCAGUCUAA